CGAGGGCUACCAUUACAUAUAGACUUGGUUGCAUAACUACAAUUGCUUCACCAAUCCUUAAAGCACGCAGAGUGGAGCAUCCUCGUCGAUCAGUCGACGACUUGUCCACUGCAAGCUCCUGCUUGCGCUCGGAUUUGAUUCACGACUCUUAACAGGGUAAACUGGUUGUACGCUACAAGAUGGCCAGCGCAUUCGAGCACCCCCGGCACGCCGCCGGUCUGGACUUCGAUGUGGAGAAGGGGGCCGCGCUGAAUGCCUUUGCGGAGCGCACCGUCCGCCAGGGCUUUGUGCGGAAGGUCUUUGGGCUACUGGCGGUACAGCUUGCGCUCACGACGGUCAUUGCGGGGACCUUCGUCACGUCGACAGCCGUGAAGACGUUCGUGGCUGCCCACCCUUGGGUGCUGAUGCUCGGCAUGCUGGCGGGUUUCGGCAUUCUCCUUACCCUUACCCUGUCGUCUUCGGCUCGCCAGAGCCACCCAACCAACCUGAUUCUCCUGUUUGCGUUCACGGCCGCGGAAGGCGUUCUGGUGGGCGCCGCCUCAUCCGCCUCCCGCACUGACAUAGUGCUGCUGGCCUUUGGACUGACUGCGGGCAUCACGGCGGCCAUGACUGUGUACGCCCUCACCACCAAGAACGACCUGACCAUGUCAGGCGCGGCGCUGUACAGCUGCCUGUGGGGUCUAUUGCUGGCGGGCCUGGUGGGGAUGUUCGUGCGCACCUCGGCCUUCAACAUCCUGCUGUCGGCGGUGGGGGCGGUGGUGUUCAGUGUGUACAUCGCCUACGAUGUGCAGUGCCUUCUUGGUGGCGAGCACAAGUACGCGGUGUCCCCGGACGAGUACGUGCUGGGCGCCAUCGCGAUCUACCUGGACAUCAUCAACCUGUUCAUGCACAUCCUGCGCCUGCUCAACGAGGCCAACCGGAAUUAGCUGAUAAGGCAGCUGGUGUGACAGCGAAGGGGACGCGGUGUAAGGCGUGACCUAUGCAGGGGGAUAUGGUGUAAAGCGUGAUUCAUGGGGAAACGCUGCGGACGCGGUAUGAGGCGUUUUUGUUCAUACUGCCUUACAGAUGCGGCACUCCCCGUUUCUGUUUGAAUAUGGUGUCCUAACGGGCACAGGAGGGUUUCUUGGGUUGCCGAUGUGAUAGUACGCCCGCCAGGGGAGGCACCCGGAAAUGCAGAACUUGUUAUUGACGUGUGUUGCGGAACUAAUGCGUACGUAGACCAGAGCGGAAGGCGGAGUGGGCUUGCAGGCGGCACGAGAGUAGGCAGUCAGUAGCGCAAGUUGCGAAUUCACAUGUUACCUCGUAACCGACGGUAAACGCUGUGGACGGUCGCGCCCAUGGCUGGCUGACGGAAGGUGGCGGCUGUAUUGGGAUGGCUGGGCUGGACGACGGCGGCCGGGCUCGCGUUGGGACUACCAGAAAGGAUGCGCCCGA